GGUAUAUAAGAUGGUGGACCACUUUGCCUCGACAUCAGCCCCCCCAACAUGAAGCUCCUGAUCCUGACGUCGUUACUGGCGGCUGCCGCGGCCGCGCCACAGGGCUACGGGCUCCCCGUGCCCUCCGGCCCUAAACUGAGCUCCUGCCAUGCCGGCGAGGUCCUUCACGUAGAUGGCUCCUGCGUCGUUCCCGAUGUGACCCGCCACGUGUAUGUGUUAAGAUCGACUACAACGUCGUGUUCAUCCGCUCCCCCGAGAAGCCCCCGACGCCCGACCCCAUCAUCAUCCCCCCCGCCAGUCAGAAGAGCGUCGUCUACGUCCUCAACAAGAAGUCCGAGGACGACGGCCCUCGGGUGAUCGAGGUGCCUGCGCCGCCGCCCAAGACCCCCGAGGUGUACUUCGUCAACUACGGACCCAACGAGAACCCGACUCUACCCGGGGGCGUCAACCUUGACGCUGCUCUCAGCGCCGCCGUCCAGUCGAGCGGUCAGGUGAUAGCUGGCGCCGGAGGUCCUGGCUUUGGAGCUGGCGCCGGAGGACCUGGCUUUGGUGCCGGAGGUGCUGGCCCAGCUGGCGCCGGAGGACCUGGCUUUGGUGGUGUUCCUCUUUCUGCUGCAGCAGGAGGUGGUCCCGGUUUCGGCGGUGGCGUAGGAGCUGGUGGUCCUGGAUUUGGAGCUGCCGCCGGAGGUGCUGGCCCAGCUGGCGCCGGAGGACCUGGCUUUGGAGCUGGCGCCGGAGGACCUGGCUUUGGAGCUGGCGCUGGAGGUCCAGGUGGUCCUGGUUUCGGAGGUGGUGUUCCUCUUACUGCUGCAGCAGGAGGUGGUCCCGGUUUCGGCGGUAGCGUAGGAGCUGGAGGCCCUGGCUUUGGAGCUGGUGGUGCAGGAGCUGGAGGCCCCGGAUUCGGAGCCGGAGCAGGUGCAGGAGGCCCCGGAUUCGGAGCUGGUGUAGGAGCUGGAGGCCCCGGAUUCGGAGCCGGAGGAACCAGUUUCGGAGGCGACAUCAGGGGCACAGGUCCCGGUUUCGCCGUUGGUUUCGACGAUGACUUAAUAACGAGCGCAGAGGUCGAGGGUCUGAGUUUCGAGCGCUCAGGAGGUUUCGGCUUCGGGUCCCACGAAGACCUGAACAGCGUCGAAGCUUUCCAUUCAUAAAUCGACUACGACGAAUCAGGAAACUUAUUAAAUUACGGUCACAUAGUCCAAGACUGGUAUUCGAUGAUCGGUUCUGUUAAUUAUCUAUCGUUUAUGAGAGAGAGAAAAAAAAAAUCUUGAUUUUUGAACUCAGAUUUUAUUUAUUUUGUUAAACGGGGAUCUGCACUUGGUGCAUGGUCUAGUCAGUCCCUCGAUUAUGAAUAUUUAUGUAGCUU